AUGACAAAGCCUUCACCAUCUACCCUUCGUUCCCAUCCGACAGCAGAACCGCCCUCGCCCUCUAGAGAAAGAGGAAAAUGCAAAUGUUGUAAACAAAAGCCUUACGGAAGUUAUGGGACUGUACCUUAUGGAGGAAGGGUUGGUCUGGUAUUAGGAGCAUUAUGGGAGAUAUCAGAUUCACGAGAACAAACCUCCCCUCCUGACUCUCCUUCCAAGACCACUCCAAAAGUCGAAUAUCCCACUUCUCCCGAUCCUCGACGGAAUCGAAUGGAGGUUACUCAACCUCCCAUGGAAAUGACUAAUCUGACUUCACCACAAAGAGCUAAAGUGGCCGUACAUCCAACCAACGGGAAGAGGAAUUCGAUAUGCAAUUGUCCUAUAGAAGAAAUCAAUGAAGUUGCUCAGCUGAGAAGACCUUGA